AUGCGCAACUUGUCGCAGGAGAAAGAAAGGCGUACGUUGAACCUCGAAGCAAGCCGUCGGCCUCGGGUUUCUCCCUCAUAUAAGCUCAUUCUGACACCCCUGGGCCUCAAACAGUGCGACAAAAAUACACCAUUUUGUGGCCAAUGCGUUGAGGCUGGACUGGUGUGCGAAGGCUACGGUCGACACCAUUCAGUGUGGAUCAACUCAACAUACGGCGAGGAUCGCAAAACUCCUAGCGUUAUACGCACUCGCACAAGCGGCCCACCUACCAUUACCUUAAAUGACUCCCUCAUGAGAGUUACCAGAGAGGACCGUUAUGUAGGCCUUUAUCUGGCUGCCUUUCUCCCAAACGGCCGCCUCUUGUCGCGGGAUGCCUCAUAUAUAUCCGCUGCAGGUUGGCUAAAAUACCAUAAUGUACUAUGCCGCUCUGAGAAAACCCUGCGCUUCAUAACGCUCGCACAUGGCCUGUCAAUGCUGGCAACGAGGGAUAAUGAUAGUCAAUUGAAGUUCAAAGGCGUCGAGGCUCACCGCAUGGCGCUGCAGGAAAUGCGCAAGGCAGUGCAGGACCCGCAAAGGGCUACUGGAGACGGACUUUUGGCGGCUGUUAGGCUUUUUCGCUUCUACGAGGUAAUUAGUGCUUUCACAUGUUACCCUUGA